AUGAUAAUUCAGAGUGGAUGUUCAUCGUCAAAAGGAGGUGGAGUGGUAGCAAGUGCAAGUGCUGCAAGUAGCACAAGUUCAUCAUUUCUAGCUGCUGCCUCGUCGUCAAGCUCUGUGCCAGUGCUUUUAAAUGACAACAAUUGUGUGGACGGUAGUGGUAUGAGUGGUAGUUUAUCAGUUUCGGGUUCAGGCUUGAUGCGUGGAUGCGACAGUCCCCAGUCUCGAGUUUCAGUGCACAGCCAAGGAUCAGUGGCAUCCGCAUCUGGAAGUAGUACAACCAGCGGUGGCAGUAACAGCAGCAGUCAUUGUCAAGGUGCUGGAUCGUCGUCGAUAAUCUCGCAGACAUCCUCUUCAUCAAUAAUCCUCGAUGCACCACAAUCACAGUUCGAUGAAAGCUGCAUCUCAUCUUCAUCAUUAACCCCAAAUAUUAACAACACUUCGUCGUUGCUCAUUAAUCAUUCUCUUAUUGAUCACUCAAAUGCAUCCUCAUUGCUGUUGCCACUUUCCGUACCCGAUAUGGUACGAAAGCAAAUCCCGUGUUUGUUGAUUGAUGUUGGAUGGUGUUUGCAGGAAGCCGAAAUCUUGGCCUUGUGGUUAGACAGACUUGGCAGAUCUGAGUAUUUGAGCGUUUUCUUAACGCAAGGCUAUGAUUUAGCAACAAUAGCACGUAUAACGCCUGAAGAUUUGAUUGCGUUGGGUAUAACACAACCAGCUCAUCGAAAACAAUUAAUUGCCGAAAUACACACCUGGAAUAUCACUGAUUCGUGGCCUUUUGCUCUGCCUUCUGGCGAUCUCGGGGAAUGGUUAGCGUUAAUUGGUUUACCCGAAUAUUUGGAGCUAUUCGAAUCACAAGGUUAUUAUUCGAUGGAUGAAGUGCAAAAACUGAAUUGGGAGGAUUUUGAGGAUAUUGGUAUUAAGAAGCUGGGACAUUUAAAACGUCUUGGCUUAGCCAUUAAAAAAAUGCUUGAUUAUCGUCUUGGACGUUUGAACAUGCUUGAGCAUGCGAACAUGAUUACGGUUGCACCUUAUGGCAGCCGAAUGGGUGCGCAGGUGAAAUCACCUCCGCCCCCACCGCCACCAUCAUCUACGGGAAGAGUAUCAUCGCCGGCCGGAGAUGGAAUGCGUUAUCAUGCUCCACCGCCGCCUCCAGCACCUUCAUCAUCAUCCAUAUCAACAUUUCAUUAUGACAAUAAUAAUAGUAAUUACAUGUUGAGUGAUCAAGAUAAUAGCAGUAGUCAUAUGAAUGAAGGCUCUUCUUUACCGUAUGCGCAUCAUUACGCAACUUGGACAAGAAGCGGACGUUGUGCUAGUGCAGUGGUGUCGACUGGAGUGGCAGAAAGAGGUGAAGAAGGAUGUGCAGUUUCUUGUAGUGGUGCUCCUUCUUCUGCAUGCAAAUCAACAUUCUCUUCCUGUCAGACAGCUAAUAAAGUUGAUAAACACCAACAAAAUGCCUCUUAUCUUCGACAGCAUGAUGCUCAUACUACUAUACCAUCAUCGUCUACAACACCAAAUAUGAUUAGGAACUGUAACACUCAAAAUAAACCAACUGUUCAAGUUUAUCCACAUCAUCGUCCAAAUGCUGCACCUUCUUCAAAGCAGUAUGAAAAACAUCAACAGGAUGAGGACAGCAAUGGAGGCGAUGAAACGGUUGUUUUGGAUGAUCACGGUUUAGCGCAGUUAGGGGUUUAUACGAAGACGGAAAAGAAGAAGUCAGCGUCGAAUCUUAAUCAUCAUAAUUUAUAUGGUGAUCAUCACGAUGACAAUUAUAUGGAACUAGUGGACGAACCAAAGAAAUAUAUCCGUUUAAAUCUUUAUUCGCCAGCGAGAAUUUUAUCGGAUGAAGCAUAUCCGGGUUCAUUAACGACAGAUGUUAAUGGUAGUGGUAUGAAGAGGCACAGUGCGGGUUGUUUCGUGAACGAGAGUGGUGCUACAGACAGAAUACAACAAAUGCAAAAGCAUUCAGUUGCAAAAGAACAGGAGCAAGUGACUGCGGUGGAAUCUUCAUCAUCAUUAAUUGAUAAUCCAACAGCCACCACCACGUCGAGCACGACUACUUCGGAUUCUGAAGAUUACCCACCUCCACCUGCACCGUUAGCAUGUGAAGGCUCAAUUCGUUUACUACGUUCCGCAUUUCGUACAUCAUCACCAGCAUCUACAGUCGCUCCGGCUUCAUCUUGUUGUACGGCUGGCACUGCCACGAAUGUAAACGGAAGAACGACUCCGAUGGUCGGAGUUACGAUGACAAGCAACUGUGCAAGUAAUGAAUGUGUGCUACCGUUUGCGAACGACAACUGUGGAACGAUUCGAAGUAGUAGUCGAUCGGCGAAUUGUACAUGUAAUAUUGAUAAUAACACAACAACAGCAUCCUCAUUAAAAGAUUAUCAAAAAACGGCUGCUUGCGGGCUCGGCAGUGAGGCCAUAAGCGGAACACAACGACGGCCAACAACUAUCGCAAAUCAUCAUCAGAACAGUCUUUUCACUGCAGCUACUGGCGCAAUGAGCAAUCAAGUUGUCGUUCCCCUUGACCACAAUAAUAGUAGCAGCGUUAUUCCAACGGACAUUUCAAAAUGGUAA